AUGUCUUCCCACCGAAUUCUCAUUACCGGCGCCUCAGGCUAUCUGGGCGGCACCCUCCUCGCCCGCUGGAACGAAGCCAACCUCCCCCCUACUUACGACAAGCUCUUCGCCCUCGUCCGCACCGACGCCCAGGCCGCCGCCGUCAAGCAGCAAUACGGCGCAGAACCCCUCGCGCUGGACGUGAGUGACGAAAAAGCUGUCAGGGACGCCGUCGUGGAGCACGAGAUCAGCAUCGUGUAUUUCCUCAUCGAUGCGAUGCGGCACGAGGCGCAGGUGCACUUCAUCAGGGCCCUGGCUGAGGUUCGAGAGCGCACGGGCCGGGAGGUUCAUUUUCUUCACACUACUGGGGCCAAGAUAUUUUCUUCCCAUGCUGGCGCGCCGACGGACAGGCCGCUGCUCGAUACGGACCCAGACUUAUUCUCGAUCCAGAAGGCUCAAAAGGCUCGAUUUCCCCUGAUGCAGUCGGCCGUCGACACAAACUGCAAAAUCAUUGAGGAAUCCGAGAAAUACGGCGUGCGAAGUUACAUCUUCGCCCCUUGCAUUGUGUACGGCAAGGGCGAGGGGUUCGGCAACAUCACCUCGAUCCAGACCGUUGCCGUUGUGAAAGCCGCCAGGGCCAUGAGGCGUGUAUACAAGGUUGACGAGGGCGAGCCGUGGCCUGUCUGUCACAUUCUUGACAACACAAGCCUUUACCUCGACAUCCUGCGCACGAUCUUGACCGGUGGGGAUCCUGGGCAUGGUAGGGAAGGCUUCUUUCUCGCCUCUUCGGGGCCUGUACCAUGGGAUGACAUUUACACUGCCGUGGCGGCGGCGCUGGCAAGGCGUAAUAUCGUGGCGGACGAUUCUGUCGUCCCUGCAAGUCCAGAGAUACUGGGGCGCAUGGGAGAGGCACUCGAUUGUCCGGCCGAGGUAGUGAGCUUGCAUAUUGGUGGAAAGUGCACGUUCAAGAGUGAGCGUGGGAAGAGAAUCGGGUGGAAGACUCAGUUUGGCCCUCGCCACAUUAUUGAGGCUGCAGAUGAUGAGGUCCAGCUAAUCUUGGACAAUCUAGGCUGA